AAACAAUGUCAAUUAACAAUAAUGUCAACUAGAUUAAAUAAUGUUAAAAAAUUAAAAUUAAUCACCAAUAAUAAUAAUAAUAAUAAUAACCUAGCUAAUAAUAAUAAUAAUGUAAUUGAUAAUGAUGAUUUAAAAAAUACUAAUAAAUUAAAACAACAUUAUAUACGACCCGAUAAAAUCAUCCCGCACCAAUUUCAAAUUGAAUGGUUUUAUGUAUUAUUUCUAUCGACUAUACAUAUAAUUGCUGGCUAUGGCGCCUACCUAUUAUUUAGUCGACCCCUUGGUGGCUACCGUGACCUGGCUAUCAAUCUAUACUAUGUAACUGCUAAUAUAAUGUGCAUGUUUGGCAUAAUUGCCGGUGCUCACCGACUAUGGUCUCAUCGGUCGUACAAAGCACGGUGGCCAUUGCGGCUAAUACUGGCCACCCUGCAAACGGCAACCAUACAGGAGGACAUAUACGAGUGGUCACUGAAACAUCGGCUACACCAUAAAUACUCGGACACGGAUGCCGAUCCGACCAACGUUUCCCGUGGGUUUCUAUGGGCACAUAUAGGUUGGCUAUUCUACAAACGUCAUCCGGCCUACCUGGCCAAAGUACCCACUAUUGAUAUGUCCGAUUUAGACCAGGAUCCUAUUGUUUAUUGGCAACGUAAACUGUACAGCCUAUGGGUUGUAUUGGUUAGGGGUAUGAUGUUUACUGGUAUACCCUAUUGGUUGUUUGGUAGUGAUGGUAGUGAUGGUAGUGAUGGUGGACAGGUAGUUGUUGAUUUAGUCUACCUGUCCUCGAUGAACAUAUUGUUUUAUGUUAUACUAUUGCAUUAUACAUGGCUAGUUAAUUCAGUGGCCCAUAUGUUUGGCUAUCGGCCCUACGAUACUACUAUACAACCGACCGAUAAUUCAGUAUUAAUUUAUUUGGCUUUCGGCGGCGGUUAUCACAACUAUCAUCACGCCUUUCCGCAGGACUAUUCGGGAUCUGAGUAUAGUUGGGAACAGACAUUCAAUCCGACAACACUAUUGAUUGAUGGGUUUGCCCGAAUCGGUUGGGCUUACGAUAGGAAAAAAGUAUCCGCAAGUGUUAUCCGGUCUCGAACUCACCGAACCGGUGAUACAAAUCAAUUGCGUGCGAAAAUAAACUGGUUUUUAGAUAUACUAUUGGGAUUAACUAUAUUGUAUUGGCCAUUGACUGUAAUAUAUGGUGUUAAAUUGAUUAAAUUAGCAUGUCAGGGCCCUUCGGGCCCUUCCGAGCGGGUAAGAGUCGAGCUGCUAGGUGACCAGAGAGGCCCUCCCUGGAUCCCUCCACUCCACACCGAUCUUCAACUUUUCGUCCAGUAA